AAGAACAAACUCUCUCUCUCUGGCGAACAAUUCAUGAAUCAAUAAUCACGCAUCAUCAUCGUCGUCAUCAACCAACUUCUUCUUCAUCCUUCAUCAUCAAUGUAAAUUUCCCCGAACCAAACCUUACUUUUCCACUGAUUCUUCCCUCUUUCGCAUCUUCCUCAACGUUUGAAUAAAAUUCGUAGUUUCUGAUUUUGUUUGACCAAAUCGUGGCAAAUCAGAAACCCUAGAGACUCAACCGUCUACCUACCUACCGGCACCGACUCCCUCUUCUCUCUUCUCUCUUCCUGGCCCAUCUUUCAAAAUCCCUUUUCCCCUAACUUUUUUUUUUUUUUUUUUAAUUUUCUGUUGUUUUUUUUUCCCGGGAAAUUUUAUCUCUUUAUUUAUUUUUUUAUUGUCUCUGUCGUGAUCAUUAUUACUUGUUAGCAUGAUCCUUUAUUAGGUUUCAUUGGGUCCGAUUUCUCUCUCUCUCUCUCUCUCUCUCUCUCUCUCUCUCUUUUUUUUGGUUUCUUCCUUUCCUCUCUCCCUCUUGUCUUCGCAGACCCAAGUAAACCCUAGAAUCCUCCCCCCCCUUUCACAAUUCGAUACUCUUUCUUCACGUCUAAGCUUUAAUCAUUCAAACAACAUCUAGGGUUUACUGGGUCUAGUUUUACUUCUCACUUUGAAUCUUUCCUCUUCUUCCCCGUGAAAAAAGUUUCCUUCUUUCGCUCCUCUAAUCUAAUCAUGGCGUUUCACUACUCGAUUUCUCCCUUUGGCGACACAACCUACACCAAGGUCUUUGUUGGUGGCCUUGCCUGGGAGACUCACAGCGACACUCUUCGUCGCCAUUUCGAGCCCUUUGGUGACAUCCUCGAGGCCGUCGUUAUCACCGAUAAGAACACUGGUCGAUCCAAAGGUUACGGCUUUGUGACUUUCCGAGAUCCAGAGGCUGCUAGGAGAGCCUGUGUCGAUGCAACACCUAUUAUAGAUGGCAGACGUGCCAACUGUAAUCUUGCUUCCCUUGGGAGACCUCGCCUUCCCAUGCAGUAUGCGAUGAUACCCAAUCUCCCUGGACGGAUAAGACCUCCAUCCCCAUAUGUUGGAGGUCCUCGCGGUUCACUCUUUGGAAGCCAUCCGUAUCAGCAACCAUCUUCUUAUAGCUACCAGCAAGGAAUGAUGUACCCUUACGGGACUUCAAAAAUAGUAUCAGAGGAUUUGUCGCCGAGCUCAAUUUGUUUUGGACAGGCAGAGGUUAUGGUUACACCAUAUGGACCUGAAUACAUGUACUCACAGUCUCAGGGCUUAUAUGGUCCUUACACAGGGCAACAGUACCUUCAGGUUUAUGGAGUACCUGGUGCAGUUAACUCACCUGGCUACCAAUACGGACAACUGAGUCAGAAUAUCCCCGGUUACACUACGAUACAAGGGUAUUCAGUUCCAGGAAGUCAUAUUCAAUCACCUUACCCUUCAGCUAUAGCAGGUCCCUCACCAACGCAGUCCCAUGUCAUUGUCCAGACUCCUCAACAUAUGCAGAGUAGUGGUUCUGAUCAAACAACAGGGUGAAAGCUAGAUGGGCGUAAUUAGUAAUCCUUGCAGAAGGGGAAGAAGUUGCUACUCUGGGUAGUGGCAGGGUUCCUGUUUAAGCUUUGCGCAUUAUUUAAUUUUUGCAUAUUAAGGUUAAAGCUUGGUCGUAAGUAAAGUAGUAUUGCUCGCUGAAGAAGUCAAAAAGGGUAAAGGACAAUGGAAGUUUCAGGGUUGGUGCUUCUGGAGUCCCUCGUCAUAUAUAUAUACCAAUGGUUUCACACUGGAAACUGGUAGAAAUACGCAUGGUGUACAAAGAAAAAGCAUAUAUAUAUUAUAUACUAGUAAAAACAAAAACAAAAAAAAACAAAUACAGAUGCAUAUAGAAUGGUGGAAUCAAAAUCUGAUUCUUUGGGUAGUUUUAAGUAGUCUUCUUACUAUACACUUUCUAAAGGUAUAGGAGUGUUAGUAACAAGACUGUUUAGGUAGCUUUCUAUGUCCUCUUGAGUCGAGCCCCCCUGCAUUGUAAAUAAAAGUACGUCUGUCUAUUCAGCUCACUUAGCUUCUGGUCUGUGCAUAAAUUUUAGCUCCAGGGACUCUUUUCUUUUCCAUGUUUGUACAGUUUCUAUACUGCUAACAUUGUUAUUUCAGGAUCUUUCCUUAUUGUUUCAGUCUCUGACUCCCAUAUUCUGCUGUAUUUCCUCUGUUUUUAAUCAACUCCAUUUUUUUUGUU